CUCAUCGCUCAUCAUGCCACGCAAGCGGAAGAGGACAGCAGCCAAGCUUGCUGAGCGGGAAGACCGCAAGGCUGAGGGGGAUACUGGAGCUAAAGGAGGUGAGGCUGUGUCGAGUGGCGCGAGCAAGGAGAUGGUGGGGACAGCAGUGACGGAGACUCGGGCAGAGGCGACGACAAUGGGUGGCGGUGAUGUUGAUGAGGAUGUGCGGCCGAUGAAAAAGGCAAAGACCAAGAGCGAGCUGGAGAAAGAGCGCCGGGCGCUGGAAGCUCGGGCAGAGCGGGAGAAGGCCAAGAGGGAGGGCGGCGAUGACGACGAUUGGGUGGCCAGCUUUGCGCGGGCGGCCAACUCGCGGUCCAAGCGGAGCGAGCGCAAAGAGCGGCUGCGGGAAAAGUGGAACGAGAAGAAGCGGCAGAGGUCGGAGGCCGAGCUUGCGUAUCUCGCCGAGCUCCGCGAGCAGCGGGCGGAGCGCAAGGCUCGUCGGCGCGAGGCCAAGGCCAAGAUCAAGUACGUCGACUCCAAGGCGUCAACGCUCUCGCUCAUUGACUCGGUGCUCGGCAAGACGACGAGUGAUCUGAAGGCCCGCAAGCGCGAGGCUGCCGAACGCGAGCGGUGGAAGGCUGCUGACGAGAAGCGGCGGAAGGAGGCGCGCGAGCGGAAGAAGCUGCUGAAGGACUCGAUCAACACGGUCCUCGUCUCCGAGGCCAAGAGCCGGAAACGUGCUAAGAAGGGCGGCCGCCGGUGAGCUGUAGUUCUUACUCUACUCUCAAAAGUACUGCUUGGCAAGCUCGCGGACGCGGGUGGGCGCGGCGCAGGCCGGGCACGGUGUCACGGCCUGACCAAGCGUGGCGACCCAGCACGCGUGGCAGCCGACGUGGCCGCACGGCGCACGGAACGGGGUAUUGGGCGCCGCGCCGCACACGACGCACGAGUCGCAGCCCCGACGCGGCUUCUUGGCCGGCGAUGCAUGCGGCGAGAGCGCCGGUGAGCGCGGGCGCUUCUUUGGCUCGUCCGGCGAGGCGAGGAGGUGGGCGUGAACGCGCUGCAAAUACUCGGCCUGGUGGUUGAGUGGGAUGAAGGUGGCAAAGGUCGAGAGCAGGGCCUUGCGGCCUGGGACGGCAAACAUGGGCCAGACGGCGUCGAUGAGGGCGAUGACGCCGGCGUGCGACUUGUCCCGGGCAAAGGCGCGAAGCGCGCUCUUCAUCGCCUUGUACUCGGCCUUGGAGAGGAGGCUCCUUGCGAGCGAGAUAAAGUCCUGAGACUGCU